AUGUUCGCCCUCCGCCUCGGGCGUCUGCGCCGAGCAGCGGCGCUCCGAGGCCAACCAUCCCCCUACUUUUAUCCCCUCUCCUACCCCCUCCCCCAUCUCCUCUCCCAUCCCCUCUCCAGGUCUCUGCACGCAACCCCGAUCGUGGCCAAGAAGGUCAUCAAGCGUUCCUCCCUCACCCCGACGCAGCGCAAGGCCUUGGCCAAGCAGAGGCAGCUGGCAAAGGCAAUUAUUCAGGAGGAUGCUUCAGUAUUAGACGGCUCUACGCUCGAGAAAAUGCAGCCCAACCCGCCACCUGGCCGCCAGCCUGAGACCGGGCUCGACCUCGGUGACCUCGACCGCUUCAAGCCUUCCCGCAUGCCAAAGCCGUUGACAGGCAAGGGUCUCCCAAACGACCGGUAUGCGAAAAAGUAUGCCGAGAUCGAGCGGAACGUCAACUAUGCCUUCCACCGUGGCCAGAUCGCCAAGCUCGCAAGCCUCCUCCUGCUCAAGGUGCGCAAGAACGACGUCAAGACCGACCUUGUGCGUCGCGUCAUGGCGACGGCGUGGGGUUUCGAAGAACCCCUCGAGCCAGUCGAGAGCAACACGUACGAGCGCACCAUCGCAUUGAACAAAUCGCAGCUGUUCUUGCUGCAGCGCAGCAAGGCCGUCGAAGAGUACCUCCGCUCGCUGACGGAUGUACGUUUUGGCGUCGAGGCCGACGAGGCAGGCAUGUUCAAUGUCCGCGCUGAGGGUGCGCAGUCCGCAGUCGUUGCCCUCGAGAAGUACCUCCUCGACUUUGUGAAGGAGGCCGUAUCGAUCGAGUGGCCAGCGACCGCGAUGGGCGGUCUCCAGCCCUCUCUUGGUGGGCUGUGGGCCAUAUCCACCGCCAGCGGAGCGCUUGUUGAGGCAGUGGGGUGGACGUCCUACCGCGCGGUAGGGAGCACGACCGAGGCCGUCGAGGCCGCUCGCGACAUCAUGCUCCGCGCCGGCGCACGGUUCAAGGCUGCCUCAUUCACGCCUGCCCUCCGCGCAGUCCUUCCUCCACACGACCCCAGGUCUGAGGAUCGUUUCGCCCUCAUUCCUCACAGGCCAGCGCGACUCGCACCACUCCCGUGGUCAACUGAACUGGCGGUGGCCGAGCGACCCAUGUUCCGGCUGUCCCGGGUUGUGGACGUGUCCGAGAGCGCGGGCUCGCGCGACUUGCGCCACCGCUCUGCUGAGAUUGCCGACGCGCGGGUCGUCCCUCUCGGAAAGGGAGAGGCGAGCAGUUUGUCGGCCGUUGUCGACGAGACCAUCGCCAAGGCUUCAUUGCCAGGUAACCCUGCCCGCUCCCUCUCCUUCCGCUUCGGCCACGUCCUGGCUCUCGGAGCAGCGGGAAAAGACGCCCUCAGCCCGCCAAUCGAGGGAGUAUGGUCGCUCGAUGACCCGAUGUCGCCGUGGCUCAAGCUCUCGAACACGGUCUUUGGUCCCUCGAGCCCGCCAGCCCUCAUCCGAUUCCCGCCAGUCGGAGCUCCGCGCCGCUUCCGCCGAGUCACCUACACCGCGGAUAGGAUGCGGUAUGAGGCGACGUACGCGUACCCGGUCCCGGCAGAGCCCGAGGUGGCCGAGAGCUCGCGCGAGACUCGUCCUUGGAUCGUGGCGCUGGACAAGCAGCUCGCAUUGGCAAGGGAGCAGGCGCUGGCACGCGAGCGCGGCGACGACGUGCCCUUUGACUUUGACGCGAUCAAGAGCUUGAUCGAGGAGGAGGUCAAGCCGGAACCCGUCCCGCUCGUCGUGACCGCGACUAUGGGCCGCGAAGCAGUGCGCGACGUCAUCUUUCCCGACCGCCCCAUCGACGCGCGUAUCGUGGCCGCUAGCUCACACGACUCGGUGGUACCUGAAGAAUUGAACGCCUUCUUUGCGCGUGUUCAUGAGAGCGCGGACCCUCAGAUCGAUCUGGCGGAUACGGCUGGGUUACGGCGAGGCGUGGCGAGCGACAAGCCAGCCACAAAGUUGGAUCCUGAAGAGGCGUACGAGGGAUUCGAGAAGUCGGAGGAUGAGCUCUUUGACGAGUGGGAGGAGUUGGAAACUGAGGAGGGGCUGGAGGCUGAGGCGCCGGUCGUGAAGCCAGUCGAGGCGGCCGAGGUUGUGCAGGACAUCCUCCCACCCCGGAAAGUUGUUGUUGCGGGACACGAGUUCGGGCUCGAGGCCGACGAGGUGCUCGAGGUUGUCGAGUCGAGUAUAGCUCUAGUUGCCCACGAGAGCGGGGACGAAGGGCAACACGCUUCCCUUCGUACCGUCGCGGCGGCAGACCUCACUGGACCGGGGGGAGUGUUGCGGUAUGGCGAGGUGUAUGCCGAGCAGCCGCCAUCAACCGAGGAAGGAGAAUCACCUGUCGACCCGGCAAUCUGGCGCGAGCUCGCCAAUGCUACGCGCGAGGUUGCGCCGACUGUCAGCGGGACCAAGUUUGCAUCCAUCUAA